AUGACGGCCUCGUCACGGCUCGCCUACACUCAAGGUACCGCCACCGUCAAGCGUGCGGCGCCCGCGCAGGAUCCGGGGCGAGGGGCCAGGGGGAGGGAGUGGGACGGAAGCCCAGAAAAUAAGGGGAAGAGUGGCCGGACGAAACUGCCGAACAGCCGACUGAUCCUCGCUUCACCCACUUCUCAAAGUCUGGACGUCUUCUCAGGUUGUGUGCCCCUCUGGAGGUUUUUCUGUUGCAUCUUAGAAAUGCGAUAGUUGAAAAUUUGGUCGUGAGACCUCUAAUCUAAGCUGCUUUUGUACUGUCAAUGUGCUCUCUAUAGACUACUUCCUUAAUGGCUAUGCUUGUCUACCAAGUGAUUGAGCGUCUCACUUUUGGCUUGACAACAAGGUGGCAGAUUUACAAACGAAUUUUGUUCUCGGUUAAGGCUGCUGACAAGAACAAGGGAGACCGAAAUGGCCCUUUUUAGCUUAUUUUCCAUCAUCAGCCAGUCAUACCCAGUCACAAACCCUAGAAACCCGAGAGCUGAACCCGGGUAAACUGGUCAAUCAAUCAUUUAAGUUAACUGUUCUGCCUCUUUGACCACGAGCUCACGCUCUAUCGACUAACAUAGGAACCAUCCAGUCACGCUGAAGUGGUUGGAAUAAGACUAUGACUGGCUGACGACGCAGACAAGCCUAAAUGUAAAGUUAAGAAAAAGGAGAAGAUGAAGGGCUCAGCGGAACAGGUUUAUUUAGAUGCUGACGCUUCAAAGAGCUUGGUCGGCUCUCCAUUGUCAAAGCGUAAAAUGCUCACAAUCGACCCGAAAUUUGAAGCGGCAUGUUGUGUUGGUUAGCCUCAUGCGGAUAGAUUUUCUCUCCUCUCGCUGCCUUGGCCUCUCGGACGAUGGUUGACGGGCGUUUUGUCUGCGUGCUUCGUUUCCGAAAAAAAGAGGAGGAAGUGUUCCUCUUCGUUUUGCAGUCAAGAUAGACCAGUGUAGUUUACUCCGGUUAUUUCUUAACUCAUUGAUUCUAUUUUAAAUUGCGCAUGGUGUUCCAUUGCUUGAGCAGUGCUAGUUGUACUGUCCACAGGUAUGUAUUAUGAACACAACCACAUUUUGAAUAUUGUUAGUAAAGGAAGUGAUGUUGCUCGUUCGGAAGGUUGACUUGUCACAAUGAUUCCCAUGACCGUCCACUAGGCAGUUUACUCCAGGCGGUAGGGCGCCAGUUCGACCGCCGUUGCCGACGGUGUCCACCGCGUGCUGGACAACAAGGUGGGGACGGGGGCGGUGACUUGCGCGUGAGUUACUUUGAAGUAGCAGUGAAUCUGCGCAGCAUCUACCGCACUCUCUCCUCCUCCCCCACCAUGAUCUAGUGCCAAGACACAGUCAAGAAGACUGGAGGCGGGAGAGGGCGCGGGUGACUGGUGCGGCGAGAAACUGCGCCUAGGCGUACCACCACACCACUGGUUCAUGACGUACACUGACCAGAAUUUUAUAUCAAAACAAAUGGUAGUAGACUUACACAACUUCUGCCGCAGGCUUUCCCGCUCAACCUCCUGGGUCCGACGAUGGGACAAACAACUAUCAGAGGCGGGACGGGGCGCAGUGACUGACAAAACUAAACAGUCCACCUACACGAGCUACACACUGCCCAGUCUGAACGAAAUGGACCAGGUUUUCACAGAAGCAAGGGCUGAGUCACAUUUCAUGCUCGUGAGAAUGCCAUAGAGGCCACAUUGAGAGGGGGUCGUUAAGUCCAACUUUCAUUCCUGAGAAGACCCGAGUUACACAGUCAGCCUUCCAAGUUACGACCUCCAAGACGUCGUGGUAGACUCAAGCAUGUAAUGUUAGCGAGGGAUGCGCUGAAGUGCCGUGUGGAUGGACUCUCCAGGGCCGACUUCACCCUUUCUUCUCCCUCUCAUGUGCCGGUCGGCUAUCCGAGCCUGUCAACCAUCCUGUGCUGGGACUGGACGCAGUGCUCGAAGCGGCGUGAGGUCUAGGCGUGCCACUGCUCCGCCCUCCCCCUGUACGGAAGUAGUUGUCGUCCCGUGUGGACUCAGUGCUACUCGACUAACGCUUGCCGUGACCAAAACUAGCCUCGGUUUCUGUCCGGCUCUUCUAUAGUAUGACCCGUUGUGGGAGCACACACCUUACUACUAUUACUUUGAUCCAAAUAUUUAUAUCAAAUUUCAGUCUGAGACUAUAAGUCUCAAGUAGACUGAUGUACUCCAAGUUAUCUAAUAAUUUCUGAGGAAAUAAAGGGUCUGCAAGUUAGAAACUGCAGUAUUGAAGAAGGAGGCACGAUUGUCGGGACAAGAGCCUUAUUCGCCUAACGUUUCGGAUCCCUGCCCGAACCCAUCAUCAGAGACAAAAGCAGAUAUGGGUGGUUCAUGCACAAGGGGCUGCAGUAUUUAUAGGAUGCAGUCGCCAUGCUACCAUGGCUCCCCCCCCCCUCCCCCACCACCCUCUUCAACAGGGAUCGUUGUCCUUGGUGUGAUGAUUGUUUGAUGGUCGAUAUUCGUGCCGUUAAUUGCUGCAAUUUCAUCACGUGUGUUGGAUGUUGGUGUGAUGAUUGCUCGACUAUCUGACCCAUCGACCCUGACUUUGGGAACAUUGUUCACCUGUACGCUCUCCGCGAGGCUAAUUACUCCGCCUGGGCGAAGUCUCAUCACGAAAUAUGGGAGGGGAAGGUCGUUGCACCUGUCGAUGGACUGGGGGCCAGUGAAGCAUGAUUCAAGUAGCUCCCGGCUCACGCGGUUGUCAUCUCUAGCAAGAAUUUCGGCCUCGUCGAAUUUUAAUGUGUGACCGGAUUUCAGUGAAUGAGCCGCAACUUGAGAGCUGGCGUCAUUUCUCCGCACUGCUGCAGCGUGUUCGGCCAUUCGCGUUCGGAACUGUCUUACGGUUUCUCCGACGUAGUUGCUUUAUCCGCAACUGCACCAGAUCCGAUAAACGACUCCAGACGUCUCUUGCCGUGGCAGCGGGUCUUUCGGUUUCAUUAUCGGACGCCUGAUGGUUGCCUCCGGUCUAUGUGCAACUCCAACCCCAAGUGGUGCGAGAAGGCGGCCGACAGCUUCCGAAACGUUCUUGACAUAUGGAAGCGCGCGCCAAAAUUUGGGGUCCGUGCGGUUUGGCCUUUCGUCCCUUUUGCGUAUGCACCGGUUGACGAAGUUGCGCGGGUAGUCAUUGGCCUUGAAGAGCCGUCGGAGUUAUUGUAGUUCGGCAAUCUUGUCUUCCAACUCGCUGCAGUGCGCUUCGACACGCCGAUAAAGCGUCCUUACACAACUACGUUUGUGGCUGAUUGGGUGGUUGCUGUUGAAGUUCAGUACUUGCAUUGUAUUUGUCGCUUUUCUGAACACUUUGGUCCUUAGUCCACCACAAUCUUUGCGACAGACGAGGACAUCCAGGAAGGCCAGCUGGUUAUUCUCUUCCUACUCCAUCGUAAAUUGAAUGUCCGGGAAGACGGCGUUGAGAUGUUCUUUGAAUGUCAGCGCCCGAUCCCGUUCGAUGACGACGGAGGUAUCACCCACAUACCGGGCCCAGACCUUCGGUCUGUGGUGUUGGAAGACCAGCGACCGCCUUGGCGAUGAAUCCCGAAAUCGGCGAGCCCAUUGGUGUGCCCUUCACCUGUUCGUAGAUUGUCCCGUCGAACGUGAAGUACGUCCUGAGACAGAGCUUCAGGAGCUGAAGGAUUUGGGCGUGUCCAAGGCGAUUCUCCGUUUCAUCGUAUUUGCUUUGUAGAAGCAGGUCGAUUAGCUCGACCGCCAGGUCCUGGGGAAUAGAAAUAACAAGGGAUGUAGCAUCAAAAGUUAACAUGGUAUCUACCAUGAAGCACGCCGGGAACUCUGGUGGUCCACUGAUGAGUCGAACCUCUCGCAGCUCUGCCAUGCAGCGACAGGAUAUCGGCGAAACACAUGUCUGGACAUUCCGCUAGUACCUGUGAUGCCAAGUAUGGUAAAUUGUGUUUCCUAUGCGCUACUACUACUACUACUACUACUACUACUACUACUACUACUACUACUACUACUACUACUACUAAGCUCUAUGCUUUACCUAUUUGGAGGAUGCAUUCCCUAAAUACAGAUGGCUAAUUCAGUUGUGUACCUAAACCAGUUAACGCACAAUUCCGAGUUAAUUUUUAGAUGAUAACAAUUCUGCUUUCAACAGAUCUUCUCCGACAUCUGUGUAA